AUGUCGCUGCUCAAAGUUUCUCUGUGGACUCUCCUCCUAGGAGUCGCUGCGGCCCAGCCAGGCGGCCCCUUUAUCCGCCAGCUCACCCUCGAGCUGGGCAUCAAAACACACAUCUACUAUGGCCUCUCGGGGAGGAGGCUGGAGAGAUUACCCCUUCGGGGCCAUCCACCGAGGAUAGUGCUCCAGGGAAACACCAGCGAGCAGCUGAAGACCCGCCACGAUGCGCCAGUGCUCGUCGUAACCCCACUGGAAACCCAUCUGGCUGCCAAUCUGGAAGCUCUGAGGGUGCUGCAAGUGUAUCUCCAGGAUCGGCAGUUCAAUGACAUCCUGCUCAUGGAUGUGGACCGCCAUCCGCAGAGCGAAACCAUCUAUCGGGACCUUUUCAAGGCCUAUUGGGACGCGGGAUUCGCCCAGGUUCUGCUGUGCUCCCGUGAGGACCGACUCUGGACAAUGAAACCCUUUCCCCGGGUGACAAUCAGCCGCACAACCCUGCGGGAAUAUCUCACCGAGCGAAGCAGCAAAGACCUGAAGGGCUAUCCUGUGCGAGUCCUCGUCACCAACGAUCCACCGCAUUCAUUUGUCAGCGAGCAGCAGUCGGUGGCCUCUGGGGGCCGCUACCAGGGGAGCGUGAUCAACAGCUUCAAGCUGUUUGCCGCGCACUUGAAUGCCACCUUCGAGGCGGUGCCCUUUCCCGAGCUGCGGCGCUACUCCACGCGGGAGUGCCUCGAGCUGGUGGCGUCCAACGAGGCGGAUGCCUGCGGCAGCAUCUUCGUGAUGACCUUGCGCUACCCCACCAGCCAGCCGGUGCGUCUGAACCGCGUGGCCAUCAUGGCGCCCUUCGGCAAUCCCAUCGAGAAGUUCCGCUACUUCUUUCGACCCUUCGACCCCCCCGUCUGGCUCUGGACGGGCCUCAGUGUGGCCUACGUGGCGCUGCUGGGGGCCCUGCUGCAUCGGUGGCGCUUCGGCCGCUGGGAUGUGGGCCAGUACCUCCUGCUGGCCGUCCAGAGUUUGCUGACCCUCAGCCUCGCACUGCCGCAGGGAGGCUCCGGUGGCGUCCGGCUGCUGCUGCUGCUGCUGCUCUUCGCCACGGGCUUCGUCCUGUCCAGCCUGUACGUGGCCCAGCUGUCGACGAUGCUCACCACGAAGCUUUACCAGCGGCCCAUCGACUCCGUGGCGGACCUGAAGGCCGCCAACGUCAGCAUCCUGCUGCAGCAGCACAACCUCCGGCCCAACUCCGUGUACGGCAGCUCCGAGGCGCUGCGCGAGCGCUUCCUCCUCGCGGAGGAGUCCCUGCACAAGCAACGCCGCGACGGCCUGGACCCCCGCUUCGCCUACGUGGACUCCGAGGACCGCAUGGACUUCUACCUCUACCAGCAGAGGUUCCUGCGCAGGCCGCGCAUGAAGAAGCUCUUCGAGCCGGUCGGCUACACCUGGGCCGUGCAGGUGAUCCGCCAGAACUGGCCGCUGGAGCGCCCGUACAACGAGCACCUGCAGCGGCUCUUCGAGACGGGGCUGCAGGCGAAGCUCGUGCGGGAGGUCCACGAGCUGGCGGUGCGCGCCGGCUUCCUGAGGUUCCUCCCCACCCAGGAGGCCGGCAUCGAGCCGCUGCGCCUCGAGGACAUUGCGAUGGCGGCCAUGGUCCUGGCCGGGGGCCACGCCCUCGCCGGGAUCUGCUUCCUGUGCGAACUGCUGGCCGCCUCAAUUAAGCGAAUGGCAGGGCAAUAA